AUGAAUCACAUCGUGGGCCAGCUGUCGCAUCCCGACCCGAAGCAGAACCAAAGCAUGCUAACCUUUAACUUGACUGCAAACAGCAGCGCUGUCCUUUUUAAACCCUUUUUGUCACCCGCGAUGGACAAAACUAUCAACGUGCUCAUGGUGAUCGUCCUAUUCAUCACCAUGAUCUCGCUGGGAUGCACCAUGGAGGUGUCCAAGAUCAAGGGACACAUAGUGAAACCUAAGGGGUUGGUGAUCGCAGUCCUGGCCCAGUAUUGUGUCAUGCCGCUGACAGCCUUUUGCUUAGCCAAGGGCUUCCAGCUGGCUGACAUGGCGGCUGUGGUGGUCCUGAUCUGUGGGUGCUGCCCAGGGGGGACCCUCUCCAACAUCUUGGCCUUGGCUAUAAACGGGGACAUGAACCUCAGUAUUGUGAUGACGUCCUGUUCCACCUUGCUGGCUCUGGGCAUGAUGCCCCUGCUGCUCUACCUCUACUGCCAGGGCUUUGGCGACCUGCAGAACGCCGUGCCUUACGUCGACAUCACUGUGUCGCUCGCCAUGAUCCUCGUGCCCUGCGGCAUCGGAAUCCUCAUCAACCACUACAGGCCGCGCUACUCCAAGAUUAUCACCAAGGUAGGUCUGACCAUCAUGUCGAUUUCCUUCGUGGCGAUCGCCGUCGUGGCGGCCGUAGCAAUCCGCAGCGCCAUCCUCGCAGUGAUGUCGCCUCCCCUUCUGACCACCGGUGCUGUCAUGCCCUUCGUCGGCUUCACCUUCGGCUACGUCAUCUCGACCAUCUUCAGACUCAGCCAAGCGAAGCGGAGGACUGUCGCUAUGGAAACAGGCUGCCAGAAUAUUCAGCUGUGCUCAACCAUCCUGAAGCUGGCCUUUCCACCGGACAUGAUCGGCCCACUUUUCCUCUUCCCGAUGGUGUACAUAUCCUUCCAGCUGUUGGAGGCCAUGGCGCUCAUCUUAAUCUACAGGUGCCACCAGAGACUCACGAGAAAACAGAAAGAUGCGUACCAGCCUGCCAUGACUGAUGCCGGACUAAAAGUACUUUCUGAAGGGACUGUAUGACGGACAGGACUCAAUUCCUCUAUCGCAAACUUGUGUCUGGA